GUUGUGAUAAACUUAUUAAAUAGUUUCGACAAUGGGCCGGAGCUCAAAGGAUAAGAGAGAUAUUUACUAUCGAAAUGCCAAGGAAGAAGGAUGGAGAGCUCGCUCGGCAUAUAAAUUGCUGCAGCUCGACGAAACGUUUCAUUUUUUUGAAGGAGUUCAUAAUGCAGUUGAUUUAUGCGCUGCACCUGGGAGCUGGAGUCAAGUUCUAAGUAGCAAAUUGGAAGCAAGCCAGGAUGGUAAAAUCAUCAGUGUUGACUUACAGUCGAUGGCUCACAUACCCGGAGUAAUGCAGUUACAAGGAGACAUAACAAAAGAGACAACUGCGAACAAGGUGAUCGAGUUGAUGGAUGGGAAGAAGGCGGAGCUGGUGGUGUGUGAUGGGGCUCCAGAUGUGACUGGACUGCACGAUAUGGACGAGUACAUCCAGGCACAACUAGUUCUUGCUGCUCUCAAUAUAACUACCCACAUCUUGAAGGAGGGGGGCACUUUCGUGGCUAAAGUGUUCCGUGGCAAAGACAUCGACAUUUUAUGCAAGCAGUUGGAGCUCUACUUUGACAAGCUGUGUCUGGCGAAGCCACGCAGCAGUCGCACCAGUUCUCUGGAGGCGUUUGUGGUGUGCAAUGGGUUCCACAUGCCCCCCAACUGCAGACCCUCUCUGUUCAACCCCCUACUCAACCCAGACAGUUGUCUGCAGUGGGACAGUCUGACGGAGGAGGAGCGGGUGGUGCUGCCCUACGUGUCCUGUGGGGACUUGAGUGGCUUCGACUCUGAUUGUAGCUACCCUCUCAACAUGCAAGGACACGCCCCCUACCAGUACAGAGAGCCAGUGCAGCCGCCCAUAAACCCGCCCUAUGAACAUGCAGUGAAGUUGAAGCGGGCUAAUAUGUUGCAGCAGCCAUAGUACACAGAGGACGAGUACUUGAUAUUAAUCAGUCAAGACUGAUGGCCAAUAUCGAUUUUCGAGUCGCGCAUUGACUUGGAGAUAGCGAAGCAAAGCAAUGAAUGAAUCGAAAAAGUAUCUAUAGAAUAACUGAUUACUCUUUCAGAUUCUUGUUCAACUGAGCCUCUAGUUUAGCGUUCUGUUGCUGUGUAUGUAUGAAUUAGCAUCAAAAUAUCAUUAGAACUCAAUCGUUAAAUAAAAUAAAAUAUUCAUAAAUUUC